CCCCCCGGCCUCCCCCGCGCGGGCCCCGGGUCGCGGCGCGGCGCGGGCGGCAGCAUGGUGGAGAAGCGCUGCCCGCUGCAGAGGGACGGCGUGUACCGCUGGUUCUCGGAACUGCCGUCGCCGCAGCGCGUGGAGUUCCUAUGCGGCCUGCUGGACCUGUGCAUGCCGCUCGAGCUCCGCUUCUUCGGCUCCUGCCUGGAGGAACUGGCCCGCAAGGACUACCACUCGCUGCGCGACUCGGAGAUCAAGGCCAACAACCCGGCCGACCUGGGCAGCUUCACCAACCUGACGGACGAGGUGGUGCGCAGCAAGCUGCUGGUGUCGCUGGCGCUGCUGGACUCGGAGCAGCGCGAGGCGGCGGGCGUGCUCUACCGCAAGCUCACGCACAUGACUCCAUCAUCCGCAUCUACGGGCUGCAGCUCAACGAGGGCCGCACGGGCGAUGAGUUCCUGCUGCCGUUCACCAUGUCCUCCAACCACCGGGCCUUCAGCUUCCACCAGAAGCAGAUGCUGCGCCAGGAGCUCACGCAGAUCCAGAGCAGCCUGAACGGCAGCGGGGGCCACCUGCCCGGCCUGCCACAAGCAUUUUUGAAACAUUGGGGUGGUUGGAGUGGUUGGAUUUUCCCUGGAAUUGAGUGAGAAAUUCAGAAGACUGAAGCCCAGGCUUACUGUCUACCUUUCAUGGAGGCUUAGCCGUGAGAGGACAGAAGAAGGCACGUGGUGAAUCAUGACAGCAGACAAAGACAAAGAGAAGGACCAGGACCAAGACUGGGACUGAGAGAGAGAGAAAAGAGACAAAGCAAGAGAGAGUGAGAAUUCAAGGCCACGCCGGAGCUGUACCUUGGAAGGAGGAGCCAAAAAUUAUGCUGAGAGUGAUCACAGUGAAGACGAGGACAAUGACAACAAUAGUGCCACCACAGAGGAGUCCACGAAGAAGAACAAGAAGAAACCACUGAAAAAAAAGUCUUGUUAUGAAAGGACAGAUACCGGCGAGAUAACAUCCUACAUCACUGAAGAUGAUGUUGCCUACAGACCAGGAGACUGUGUGUAUAUCGAGAGUUGGAGGCCAGACACACCGUAUUUCAUCUGUAGCAUUCAAGACUUCAGACUGGUAAGCAUUUU